UAAAAGCAGCAAAUAAAGAUUUUAGUUUGUCAAUAGAAGAAAAUGGCAAGUGAAGCGUCAUUGGUUGCUAUGGUGGUGGCGCUAGCGUUGAGCAAUGCGCUGCUAGUGACUAGCGAGAGUGAGUAUAAUAAGGUGAAGAUAUGGCCAAUGCCGGCGUCGGUGAGUUACGGCCACAGCCACCUUUACUUGAGCAACGAUUUCGAGCUCUCCACUAACUAUGACUCUGGACUACUCAAAGACGCAUUCAACAGGAUGCUUGCUGUCAUCAGACUGGGUCAUAUUAUUGAAGCCAAUUUCUCUGCCCUCCACCUUUCACCUCUGCUCCGGGGUCUUCAUAUAGUUAUUUCCUCUUCAAACCACCAGCUACAAUACACCAUUGAUGAGUCGUACAAGUUAACGGUCCCAUCACCAGAAAACCCGGGUUACGCCCAUCUUGAGGCACAGACAGUUUAUGGUGCUUUACAUGGGCUUCAGACAUUCAGCCAAUUAUGUCAUUUUAACUUUACAAGUCGGGUCCUUGAAGUUCACAUGUCCCCGUGGACUAUUAUUGAUCAGCCAAGAUUUUCUUAUCGAGGCCUCUUAAUUGAUACGUCUCGUCACUAUUUGCCAUUGCCGGUUGUUAAGAAAGUUAUUGAUUCCAUGUCCUAUGCAAAGUUGAAUGUAUUGCAUUGGCACAUUGUAGAUUCACAAUCUUUCCCUUUGGAGAUACCAUCAUAUCCUAAACUCUGGGAUGGUGCUUAUUCACCUUCAGAACGAUAUACAGUGGCUGAUGCUGCUGAAGUUGUGAGUUAUGCUCAACAAAGAGGAAUAAAUGUAUUGGCUGAAAUUGAUGUUCCAGGACAUGCUCGCUCAUGGGGGACUGGUUAUCCUUCUUUAUGGCCAUCGAAGGACUGUCAACAGCCUCUUGAUGUCAGCAAAGAAUUUACAUUUAAAGUAAUAGAUGGAAUUCUUUCAGAUUUCAGCAAAAUCUUUAAAUUUAAAUUUGUUCACUUGGGAGGUGAUGAAGUUAAUACAAGUUGUUGGACCAUAACUCCUCAUAUAAGCAAAUGGUUACGAGAGCAUGGUAUGAAUGAAUCUCAAGCGUAUCAGUACUUUGUCUUGCGAGCACAAAAUGUAGCUUUGUCCCAUGGAUAUGAAAUUGUUAACUGGGAGGAGACGUUCAAUGACUUUGGCAAUAAAUUGAGCAGGAAGACUGUGGUUCACAAUUGGCUUGGUGGUGGUGUUGCUCGACAAGUGGUUGCAUCUGGGUUAAGAUGCAUUGUAAGCAACCAGGACAAAUGGUACUUGCACUACUUGGACACUACAUUGCAGGAAUUCUAUGCAAAUGAGCCGCUCACAAAUAUUACAAACUUGAAGCAACAGAAAUUAGUUAUUGGAGGGGAGGUGUGCAUGUGGGGUGAAUUCGUUGAUGGUUCAGAUAUUGAACAAACGAUAUGGCCACGUGCUGCAGCAGCUGCAGAGAGGUUAUGGACACCCUAUGAUAAGCUGGCUAAGAAUCCAAGAGAAGUAACUGGACGGUUGGCACACUUCAGGUGUUUACUGAAUCAAAGAGGAGUUGCAGCUGCUCCAUUAGCUGGACAAGGCCGCUCUGCCCCUGAAGGUCCAGGUUCUUGCUAUGAGCAAUAAUUUGCUGAUUCACUUGUAUCAAUUAUUCCCCAUCGUUAAAAAGAAAAAGGAAUUGGUCCAGAAUAACUCCCAUUUUUAUCUCUUACAUGGUGGAUGUUUCUAUAAAAGGUUAGAUAAUUUCAUCAAUGGAAGGAAAUGUUAUUUUCUUAUAUGCCAGGAGG